CAUAACUAGAGCGAGCACAAAGAAGAACCUUUCGCGAUGCCCUUGGCCCACCGUGCCACCAAAGCGCUGAAGAGCUGCUUGAUUUGGGAAUGUAGGUUGAAAUGCUAUUCAUUUCUUGUUGGUUUUAUCCAGUGACAAACCGCGGCGAUUAGCUGAUUUCAAUCUAUUAUUCUAUUAUUUCAAACAAUAGUUCCGAAGCUGUGGUUAAUAUGACUAUCGAUAGCGCCCAAUCGUAUCGUUUCGGAGACUGGGGCGUGGAGGACUCGUACCAAAGUUUGGUUGAUCGAGGUGCCUCGCCAGAUCUUCUGUCUAAGGUCUGGGUAGCGAACCACUAUCGGCUCAUUGUAUGGAAAGUGGCCUGUUACACUCGAUCUUGGCCGCAGCACUUUGCGACGGAGACAGCCUUAUGUUUUUCUCCAGCAGUGGUCAUGGAUCAGCUCAUUUAUCGCUAUGAGCGCGAGAUCAAUCGAGCUGAGCGGCCGGCCUUGCGGAAGAUUGUCGAAGGAGAUGAAGCUGCGGCGAAGCACAUGGUCCUUUGCAUCGCCAGUAUUGUCGACGAGUACUCUGAGCAGUCCAAGCAAAAUGUAUUGAGUGUUACUGUCACGGAUGGUUGGUACGUCCUUCCCGCGGCCUUGGACGCUUGUUUGACAAGGGCGGUAAAGAGAGGAAAACUCAAGGUCGGAAGCAAGAUACAUGUCUGUCGGGCCAAGCUUACUGGUGCGGAAAACGGGGUCGCGAUUCUCGAACUGGCCGGCGCAGGGUCAUCUACAUCCUCGGUCUCUAUGAUCUUACAAGCAAACAGCACUCGUUUAGCCCGAUGGGACGCCAAACUUGGGUUCCAGCGGGCACCCCUGAUUUGGACGACGCGGCUCCGAAAUAUCACCCCAGAGGGUGGACUUGUGCCAGGACUAGAUGUCAUCGUAUUGCGAAAGUAUCCUGUUAUGUAUAUGGAGACGUUGGAGGAUGGUACGACCAAGCUCAAGCGAACCGCGAAGGAAGAAGAGUGCGCUAGUGAGGCUCAUAGAGAGAAGGUGCAGAAGCGGUACCAAGAUAUGGUUCAGGAAGUCGAGAGGGAGUUUGGAACUGAAAGAGAUUCCGGACGAAUGCGGGAAGAGGUCCAAGCUAGAGCUGUAGAGCUACAGGCUGAGAUUGCAGCCAGAAACAUUACUCCCUUCUUCACUAUCCGUGUAGGAAACUAUGGAUCUGGCACAAGAUACAAUGGCCAUGGCGAUGGAGGACGGCAUCAAGAAGCAUUGGUGACUUUUUGGCAGGCGGACCAUACGCCUUAUCAAGAAGGGCGUCGAGUCAGGGUAAGUGAGAUCGCGAUCUGCCGUUCAAGCUGUGUCGUCUGCAAGGAUUUGCGAAGCAUGGAAGCAUGUUGACCUUAACUAUCUUGAUCGGCAUUGCAGAUAACCUCGCUCAUGGC